AUGCCUCCCAAUGACUGUGAUAAAUACGAUGACAUUCUGCCGUUCAUCGGAGAGUUUGGUGCCUUUCAGAAGCGAAUGUUGCUUUGUAUGAUGCCAGCCGCUUUUUUUUUUGCUUUUACCUACUUUGGUGAAAUAUUCAUGAUACUGGAGCCUAGAGAUCACUGGUGCAGGAUUAGAGAACUGGAGGAUUUACCCAAAAAGGAGCAAAUUAGUCGAGGAAUUCCAGAAAAGGAAGAUGGCGGCUUUGAAAAAUGUUUUAUGUAUAAAGGUCCCUACGACUCAAAUAAGACCAACAUGAUAAGGACCAAGAUUCCCUGUAACAAUGGUUGGAUUUAUGAUCGCAACGAAAUGCCCUACGAGUCCAUCGCUAUUGAGUACGAUUGGGUGUGUGAUGACAAAGUCUUUGGCACUUACAGUGUAGUCUCCUUCUUCGUGGGCUCUAUUGUGGGUUGUCUUUGUUUUGGAUACGUCGCCGAUCACUACGGUCGCUUGGUGGCUUUAUUCCUGGCCAAUUCCUGUGCCAUGACAGGCGGUUGCAUUAGUGCAAUGUGCAAGGACAUUUACUGCUUUGCUGCGAGUAGAUUUGUAGUUGGAUUGGCAAUGAACAACUGCUUCGUUCCCAUUUAUAUUCUAACUUUGGAGAACGUUGGCAGCAAAUAUCGUACUCUGGUUGGGAAUCUAGCACUAACAAUUGCUUUUACUUUGGGAGCCUGCACUCUUCCCUGGGUUGCUUACGGUUUCAAGUAUUGGAGGUAUUACGCAAUGACCGUCGCCCUUCCUAUGGUAUUCAUGAUUUUGAUUAGCUUACUACUUCCUGAGUCGCCCAAUUGGCUUAUAUCGGUGGGAAAAGUUGAUAGGGGAAUUGAAGUCCUAAAAGAAGCAGCCAAAACGAAUGGAAAAACCGUUUCCGAUAAGGAAUGGUCUGAGAUGAAGGAAUGCUUUGAACUCAAUUUCGCCGCCGAGCAAUCUCGCAAACAAUACACCUGUCUGGAUCUCUUCAAGACCUUUCGCAUGUUGGUUGUCAUGACGAUAUUGAUCUUUAAUUGCAUGAUAGUGGCUUUGGUGUACGAUGCUCAUGUGCGGGUGGCUGCAUUGUUGGACACCGAUGUCUUUAUUACCUUUUCCCUUUGCUCUCUUUUCGAAAUCCCUGCUGGAAUUUUGCCAAUGAUUACAAUAGAUCGAUUCGGUCGCAAGCCCAUUAUGUCAGCCGUUAUGUUGUUCUGUGCUGCAUCCAGCCUUUCUGUAGGCUUACUGAAAAGAAAAUGGGAUAAAGUGAUAUUGGCAAUUAUAGCUCGAUUUUUCGUAACAAUGGGUUAUAAUAUAGGUCAACAGUGGGCCGCUGAAAUCCUGCCGACUAUUUUACGUGGACAGGGACUAGCUCUCAUUAACGUUUUGGGUAGCUGCGGUGCUCUUCUAUCCCCUAUAGUCCUUUUCACCCGCCACUAUUACCAUUCUUUGCCGAUGUUUAUAGUCGCAUUACUUUCGGUGAUUGACGGAGUAAUAGUGAUAUUUCUCCCCGAAAGCAAGGGAACUGUAAUGCCUCAUACACUGGAAGAAGCCGAAAAGCGUUGGACAUUGCGAUGUAGAGAUCGUAGAAUAAAUACAGAUCAAUAA